UUGAAUAAGAAGUUGCCACAGCUUAAAAUGCAUGAAAUAACAGAUCCAAUUGACAGAGACCGUAAUAUUGGCUGUAAACGACUGGAUUUAUCAGAUUAUAAUGAGGUUGUAGAAUUUAUGUUUAAAACUUAUAGUUUUAGUGAGCCAGUAUCAUUGGCCUUGAGUCCUACACUUCAGGAAGUUAAUGAAGUAUUGGAACUUGGAACAAAGAGUUGUCUAGAGUCGAAUACAUCGAUUGCGGCAUAUGACAAUAACAGCGGAGAACUCAUAGCUGUUGUAUUAUCUGAAUUCAAUCAAUUAGAUUCAAUUGACCUCAAUUCUUUUGGCGAAUAUGGAAGAAAAAUGUUUCAGAUCGUUGUUGAUUUGAACAGACAAGGUUUACCUGAUCACAUUCGAAGAUCUAAAUUUCUAACCUUAGUUGCUGGCUCAGUUAGACCAGAGUAUUCAAAACAAGGAGUUACUACCAAGCUUGCAGAGAGAUCGAAACUGGUUGCGAUGGAAUUCGGUUGCGAGUACAUUACAGUUGAAUGCACCUCGCUUUACUCGCAAGCUGUCUGCAGAAAACUUGGCUAUACGCUUUUACACGAGAUAAAGUAUUUAGAUUAUUCAGAUGAGGCUACUGGUGAAAAGUGGUAUGCAAGCAUCCGUGAACCACAUCGUUCUAUUCAGUUAUUUGCCUUGAAAGUUAAGCGACCUUUAAACAUUAGCCCACGAUUGUAAUGCCUAAUCGAGUGCGGGAUUUCCUGCGGUAACGCGAUAAAAAUUACAUGAAAAUGUUUUACUUAAUUACCACGUCACUUUUGGCCUGCUAUAAAUACGAAUGUUCAAGUGUUUUAACUCUCAUAAAUUCUGGUAAACACCUUUUUAAUGCUAACUGCAAUUAUGAGAUGAGAGUUGUUAUCGACAUAUACACGGACUACAACUAUCUCUAUAAUAGGCCGUGAAUAAAACUGUGCGAGUUAUAUAGUAGGGUGGGGUGAGAUGGGACACCUUUUUAUUUUAUUUUCUCCGCCCAUUUGGUAGUAAACAAAGAAAAUUCAACGAAUUAUUAAACCGUAUCCUCACGACUCCCAUAGGCCGUUAUUAUAUGUUUAAAACUCGAUCAGGAUAUUCGAAUAUCAUGUGUCAAAGGUGUCCCAUCUUCCCCCACCCUACUAUAGGUGUUAUUGGUGACAUUAAAAAUUAAAGUGACCAAACAUAUGCUCUUUGAUAAGCAGUCAGAACGAGUUCGAAGGCUCUAUAGGCGUUCAGUCUUCGAACACGAAACCUCGGGGGUCAACAAGCAACAUCUUUAGCAGCAACAACAACAACAAAAACAACAACAGGAACGUAUUGCCAUUGUGGGUUUAUGUGUGCUCGGUCAAGACACAUAAUUGCUUCAACCCAUUGGUCAUUAUUAUAAUUUUUUCUCAUUCAUAUCUUAAUGAAUAAUAAUAAGUAGCAAAGUAAUAAAACACUGGAUUUUGGACAAUGCGUAUUUUACAUAGGGAUAACAAAUCGGAAAUACAAAAUGUCUCACUCAA